AUGUCUGACCAACCUCCCUCAUACGGUGGCCAUCCGAACUAUGCACAGCAAUGGCCUCCUGCAUACCCCUCGAUCCAGAACUUUCCGGUCAAUUCAGAUUACUCUCAAAUGCAUCAGCCACCAGCGACAAAUCCUGGGCCAACCUUCGACUAUAACAUGACAAGCCUCAACGCGAAUUCACGAAUCUCAGGUUCAAAUGGCCCUGGAAACUCAGCAUUCAUUCCGCCUCAGUUUCCCUUCUUCAACCACUUUGACGUGUCACAAUUCCCACCUCCUUUCCCUCCAAUGCCGUUUGCUCCGAUGAGCUAUCCCCCCAUGCCAACAGGGUCCUCAAAUCCCCCCAUACCGUAUCAGGGUAUAGAAGGACAUGUCUCACACCAAUCAACACCAGCCGCACAUAUGACAAACGUCCCAGCUCCGGCAGAUAAUCACCGCGAAGAAGGCGAGGUUAGUGAGGAGUCGGAUGAAAGGUCACUACAGCCGACGACACCAUACAACCCUCCUUUGUCAGUCUCAGCAGACGCAAGCAUGGUCCACCAUGCGAUGCAGUCUCAGCGGCAGGAUCCACCUACAACUGUUCCCGCCCCUCCACCUCAGAAAUCAGCGGCGCAGUUACGGAUUCAAGCCCAAGGCGCUUUGCUUAGCUUGGCGCCCCAUAAUAUCCGCUACAAUGAACUGGUCGCGGAGGGCAUCAACCCCAUGAUUUUGAAACGCCUUUACGAAGAAGUCGGGAUCAAGGUCACCACGUCAUCUGAGGAGGCGCCAACAGUUUCUGAAAAGACCUCCACCGCGGCUCCAGUUGCUAGCAAGGGACUUGGAUUUAGCAACCCAGCUGAGUUGACCAAGAUAGCAGAGAAUCACAGCAGCACGAGGUCAGAUUUGCCAGUACCCCAACCUUCUGCCCCAUCCGCCGCCCCUUCUUCCAAAUCUGGCAAACCUCUGGAACGGAAGGAACUUAUCGCCCGGAUGCUGGCUGAGAAAGCUGCGAAGGCGACAUCCAAAGAGACUUCACCAACUGGCAGUGCAAAAUCCCACCCUGCGAUACCAGUUGAUGAAACCCGUCCAGUUCAAAAGGAAGCCCUCAUAAAGGAGAAGAGCAAAGCCCAGACCGACUUGGCAAGAAAACGAAUUGAAGAGCUCAAAAGACAAACUUUGCUGAAGACCCAGAAAUUAAGUCAGGCAAAUCUGCCACCGAUCCAGUUGGAAUCUCCAGCACCAGCUAUUCAACACCCGCUUCCUCUUCGACCUCCUGUGCCUGAAUCGCGUCGCUCCGCUGGGCUUCCAGGACUUCUAAUGACUGGAUUGGAGCAGGAUUCACAUGAAGCUAUUGCCUCUGAGCCAGUACAGGUGAUGGACCUUGACUCAACAUCGAUAUCUCGAGCAACCCAACGCAAGCGGCCUCGGGCUUCCGAUUUCGAUGAGCCAGUUGCACCUCCGAAGAAGCAUUUUAACCCGGCUGCUACUCGAUUCGACCCUACCGAUAAACUCAUCAUUGCAAUCAGCGACGAUGAAUCACUAUACGGCGAUGAUGAGGAUGACGACAUGGAGUUGGAUUCGAGCCCAGAACAGGAACCAGUGCCGAUAGUGACCUCGACCAUCGUGAAGCCUCCUAUCCAAUCCAAUCCCCCUGCCACCCGAGCUUCGACAGCUACACCACAAGGCCCUUCUAGUCUCAGUGACCAAGGAGACAUUCGACUUAAGGAUAUGGAAAUUCAAGCUAUGCGCCGCAAGAUUGCGGAGCUAGAACUACGAAGGAAAUCGAAGCUUGCUGCCAGCCGAACCCAGUCACCUCGCACCCUGGAUGAUUCUGGGGCAUCGUCAUCCGGUGGACAAUCCAGUGUGGUUGCAGCUACUUCUGAAGAAGAUUCUUCAAAGACUAAACCGACGACGAUCACCCCUGACACUCUCAUGCCGGUUGCCCCUGUUGUCCAACUAGACGCACCAGCCGAAGGCGCUGCCACCCAAGCAUCCGUUGAAGAAGCCUAUGCUGAGGAAGUGGCAAAUGGUGUGAUCGAUAGCACUGCACAGGCAUCGGCUUCAUUUGAGUCCGACUCUGCUGGGUCUGCUAUGCAAGAAUCUGAUGACAGCAGCAGUGAUAGUUCUGAUUCGUCCAGCGAGAGUGAGGAUGAACCUGCUACCUCGCCAGCUCAGGCCGAUCUCCACUCUGCUACAGUGCCCUCAUUCUCAGGGCCUAUGGAGAUUGACUCUUCAGAGCGAUCUGCGUCUCGGAGCUCGCCCUCUGCCAUCACUCAUCCUAGUGCAACCUCUGCCGACGAAUACGUUUCUCAACAUCACCUUAGCGAACAUUCUCAGCGUGAAGAGUCUGCGGAGUCCGACGGAUAUGAGCCCCCAGAGCCUGAUGCUGAAGCACAGUCUGAAGGCUCGAGUUACAGCCCUCCUCCAUUCAGCCCAGCUCUUUCCGGUCUCGUAGAAAACACAGCAGUCUCGGCACCAUCAUUUGACUUGACUCAAGCUGAUGAAGAACUAACCAGCACACCUCAGGUGCCAGCCCCAUUACCUCGGUCAGAUUUACAGGUUGGCGCUCCUGGCACUGAAGCAUUGCCCGCGACUUCCGAGCAAAGAUUCACGCCGUACACCAGCCCACUGCGAACUUUCAAGGCUUAUCGCUACCACCCGCAUUAUGCCGACGACGUUCCGAGUGGCUACCGCUCGCUAACUUACAGUCAUAAUAUUGAUUCCAUGAAAUACAUGUGUCCAUAUGAGUUAGCCGGGGGUGUCUGCAAUGACAGAUCCUGCGAGUUUCAGCAUCUUCGAGACAUGACUCUAAGCGACGACAAGAUUCUCGUCCAGAUGGGCUCUGUCCGAGAAGGUCAAACCGAAGAAGAAAAAGAAACAUAUCUCGCUGGUCUGAAAGAGAUCAUCAACGACUUACGGCGUGACAAGGUGAAAGAUUUCAACACUGUGGCCUCCGAGAUAGCCGCAUACCGUAGGCGCUUCCUCCAAGACCCGUCGCGUGUCUUGUCCCUGUAA